CCAGGGAGGUGUGCGGGCUCCAUGUUUAUUUGGGGAAAAUCCGGAUUAUUGUGCUCGUGGGUUUACUGAAUGCAAACGAGGAAUAUGUGGGAACAGCACCGUAUAUUGGUGACUAACCUGAUUGUUGUCUGUGAUCGCCUUCCGCCCUCUUUGUUUUUAUGUAUUGCAAUAACACCUCUUUCCUUACCCUCCCCUCCCCUCUUCUCCCUUUAGAUGUUUUCACCGCCGGCUUCUAAUGGGAAAAACAGACCCACGACCCUUGCAAGCAACCAGUUUGGGGGAACAGGUUUGGAUGAACGGAUAGCUUCCGGUCCUUGGGCACCAAAUACACAGAACAACAACCCAUCAACGUAUGACCAGCCCAGGGUGUAUGGAGAAGCUGCUCAUUACGGUGACCACGGCCCCAGCAGAGAGCUGCCCUCACACGAAGGCAUGUCUUCAUCUUCGUUCAUAAACUCGGGGCUUGUUGUAAAAAAUUCUGAAAGAGUUCCUUUCACUGCGUUUGGAAGAGAAGCUGCCAUGCCGCCUUUGAAUCAGGCCGGUUUUCUGAACUCUGAGAUGGGAAUUGCCCCCUCGGGUGCCAUGUCUCCCACGGUGGUGAAGACGGGCUCUCAGGGCUAUGCCUUCCCCGGAAACCCUCGCCGCCGUACGGCACAGGAGCCCAGCAAUCUCGAACCUCAGCCUAAAAAGGUACGAAAGGUGCCUCCUGGCCUCCCGUCAUCGGUCUACGCCUCCACAUCCAGCGAGGAGUACAGCAGAGAAUCGGCCAGUUACACUUCCUCCAAGCCAUCAGCCUCUGUCUUUCCCGGAUCCUUCUACAUCCAAGACAGUAUUCACAACGGACCCGAUGUUUGGAACUCGUCUGGUGGGAUGGGCCAGGCGGGGUACGCAGCGCUGAUUGGAAAUUCCUCAUCUCACUUGUCCCAACCCGGGCCGUACAGUAAUCUCCACCCACAUGAACGACUGAACUACCCGCUGCACCCUGUCCCCCCCACAGAGGUGAAUGGGAGUCUGCCCUCCAUGUCCGGGUUCCACUGUUCCAACAACCCGAGCUCAGCUACAUAUGGGGUUCCGUCUCACACUCCGCCAAUCAGUGGGGCUGAAACUAUUAUGGCUAACAGAGCGAGCUCAGCUGGCAGCCCCCAAACCUGUGAUGCUCUGGGAAAAGCUCUAGCCUCGAUUUAUUCACCAGAUCAUACCAGCAGUAACUUUCAUUCAAGUCCAUCUACACCGGUUGGGUCCCCACAAGCAAUUGCAGCUACAGGUCAGUGGCCGCGGUCCGGAGGCCAAGGCACAAUGUCACCGAAUUACGAAGGGACGCUGCACACUCUGCAAAACAAGAUGGAAGAUCGUCUAGACCGGUUGGACGACGCUAUCCAUGUGCUGCGUAGCCACGCUGUGGGCUCUGUGCCCGCCCUACCCGGGGCCCACGGAGACAUGCAGGUGUUAAUAGGGCCCACCCACAACGGGCCGGUCACAGGCAUCGGUGCAGGAUUCACCCCACCAGUGCUGCUGUCAACUAACAGGCACGGAAUGGUUGGACCUCACCAUGAAGAAGGCUCAGGAAUAAGCAACAGCCCCGGCAUUCUGUCUAACCGCGUGCUGCCGUCACAGUCCACCGCACUGUCAGACCUGAGUCGACCACAGGACACUUACAGUGGCAUGGGCAGCGGAUUGCAGAGAUCGAGUGUCAGUCAGUCUGACAUUAAGCGGGAGGACAAGGAGGAUGACGAGAAUCGGAAUUCCUCAGGUUCAGAAGAUAGGUCAGAUGACGAGAGGAAAGACUCUAAAAUGUCUUCACGGGCAUCGAGAACAAGUCAAGAUGAUGAUGAACACCUGCCCCCAGAGCAAAAAGCAGAAAGAGAGCGGGAGAGGAGAGUAGCUAACAAUGCUCGUGAACGCCUACGCGUGCGUGACAUCAAUGAGGCCUUCAAGGAACUUGGACGCAUGUGUCAACUCCACCUUAACAAUGACAAGCCACAGACAAAACUGCUUAUCCUACACCAAGCUGUGUCAGUCAUUCUCAACUUGGAGCAACAAGUCAGAGAGCGUAACUUGAAUCCUAAAGCUGCCUGCCUUAAACGAAGGGAAGAAGAGAAGGUGUCUGCAGUCGUGGCAGAACAGCCACUGCCCCUUCCCCCUACACACCCCGCUCUCGGGGAUAAUCACAAUGCCGUGAGCCACAUGUAGAAGCUCCGUCUUGUCUGGUUGAACUAAAGGUGGUGAGCAAGGAAGACACAUUGUCAUCUCCUCUGUGAAGAGGAAAACCUUGUUCUGCCAGAAACAACUAAUGAUAAACUGACGAAUCCAUUCUGGAUCAGAAACGCAAAUGUGGGAAUGAGCAUUUGCUGUAUCUGUCUAAAAAUGGGGGAAAAGUCUACAUAUCGUUGAAGUACUGGAUCUGUAUGCUGCAAAAAAAACAAAGUUUUUUUUUUCUACUGCCCAAAGAAGAAAAACUUCCCCACACAACGGAAAAAGGAGCUAGUGCCUAAGGUUGUUUUAAAUCCCGGUAUGUUUUAUUCAAACCUACAAGGUGAUGAGGUUGUUUUGGAACAAAAUUUCAAGUCCUUUUUCUUGCUUAUGUUUGUAAGCAACUGGUCUUAUUGUUUUUUUUUAUAUAACAAAAAAAACAACUUUCCGGUACCCUCGGUUUUGCAGCAUUUCCAGCAAAACAAUAUUUGUCUUACUCAGUUGACGCAUGACCACUCCGUAACCUCCCCAGUGAUUGACUGGGAGAGGGAUUGUUGGCCAAUGGACACAAUAUUCUAUGAACCACCUGCCCUGCCUUUAUGAUCAGGUUAUGAAAGGCCAACACAUGAGUGCAUCACCAAGAUAGUUCAUUCGUUUGUAGGGAGUUAUUUUAUGUAAAAUGAGCAAAACUAUAUUUUUGCAUUAUUAGACUUUACAUUGUAGUUUUUUAAGGUAGCUGGGCAUAGUGUGUACUUAGAUCUUUAAAGUCCUUUGAAGACUUUUCAUAUUGCAACACAAGAUUGUUGUGGAUUCUAGGUAUUGUAUGACCUUUAGUUUGUCAUGGACUUAUUCCACGUGGGAAUAAAAAUAAACAAAACCCAUGUUUUGUAGGAUUCCUGCAAAAUGUACUGUUUGAGCAUUUAAAGUCCAUAUGAAUUGGUUAUGGAAUCUAAUGAGGAUGUGAGCAACUUGUCUGACAGUGGCUUGCAUUACGCCAAGCUGAAUACACUGCAGCAGCCCAACUGCCUGCGUCGUGGAAACAACCCCAAUGCAAAGUACACCCCCCACCCAACACACCCUCACCCCCAAAACCCCCCACCGGAAUCAGUCUUCCACUAAGAACGCAUUCACGGACUUUCACCAGCCAAGCAGAAGACGCAGUGCUUUUGACAUAAACUUUUUUAUUUUUUAAAAAAGAGAAAAAAAAAAGGACAUGAACAAGUGGGGAAAAAAUGGGCAAAAAAAACUGGGACUGAAAGAACAAAAAAGUUUUUUUUUGACAUUUUUUAGGGUUAAAAAAAUGCCUGACAUUUCUGGAACUGCAUUAAAUAUUGUGCAGUGACAUCUCUCGGCUCAUUUUGAGUAUGUAUGUAAUAGUUUAAAAAAGAAUUACAUGUGGCCUUUUCAUUCUUGUACUUGUGAUGCAAUGUGAACAGAAUGAAAAAUGACCAGUGCCUAACAUUUCAUUAAAAGCCUCUUUUUUGUCUAGUGCUUUUUUUUGCUAAGAAAAAGACUUGCAGUAAGUAUACCCUACAACAAAGUGAAAUUUAAGGAAAAAAAGUUGGCUUAUUUUUCACAACAGCAAUCCUUUUAUACCAUAAAUCUUGAUGAAAAAAAAUGUCUUGGAUUCUGAAUGUUACUUUUUGUAGAUUUUUACUCAAUGUCUGAUUCCAGAAGUUUAUUUUACUACAUUUAAGGUAAAGGCUUCUUCUAGUGCCCAUACAGUACUUAAAUGUCGCACAAUUAGAUUUCUGAUUGUGUUGCUGAGUGCCUCAAGUUCCAUGUUUUUUUUUGUAUUUGUUUGUACAAGCAUCAAAAACAGCUGGCUGGAGUAUUCAGAAUUGUAGUUUCAAUCUUUUCCUUUUGUCUUAGUAGCUAAUGAGGACUGUCAUGUAUAUAACAGUAAUGUAGCAAUAAAUGUGCCAUUUUUAUAACGGGAAUGCCCCUCCUUUUUAAUGUCCGUUUAAUCUUGUAUACCCAUUGUCAUUGUAAUAAAGGGUUUACCUUCAAUUUAAAAAAAAAA